AUGUUUUGCUGUUUUGAUUCGCCUGACAUCUACGUACUGGACUCUCAGCUGACCAGCAAGCUAAGGCACUUGGAUAAACAAACCACACUCCAUGAUGUCAGACUGGCUGAACUUGAUCUCCGAUUUCAAAUCCUAGAAACUGCAAACUACGAUGGAGUUCUCAUGUGGAAGAUUCGAGACUACACACGCAGACGGCAAGAAGCCGUGAACGGGCGAACCUUGUCGUUAUUCAGUCAACCAUUUUAUACGGGUCGCCAUGGAUACAAAAUGUGCGGACGAGUCUACCUAAAUGGGGAUGGAAUGGGAAAAGAAACGCAUCUUUCCUUCUUUUUCGUCCUUAUGAAAGGGGACUAUGAUGCACUCUUACCGUGGCCCUUCAAACAGCGAGUGUCGUUGAUGUUGAAAGAUCAAGACACCAGGACACAGGACCUUUGUGACACUUUCAACCCAAACGCUGCUAGCAACAGUUUUAAGCGACCAGAAUCAGAGAUGAACGUGGCGUCGGGAGUUCCUAAAUUCAUAUCCCACGAUCGCCUCGAAAUGCCAACGUACCUACAGGACGAUACCAUCUAUCUGAUGAUCAAGGUUGAUACGUCUCACCUUCCAAAUCAUCCAAACUCGUAAUAUUGUCAUCUGUCACCAAUUCCCUGACAAGACAGUUUGACGGAUAAACAUAAAAAUGUCCGGUCUCGUAACAUUUGAACAUAUAUAGUAGGACAGUUUGACGGAUAAACAUAAAAAUGUCCGGUCUCGUAACAUUUGAACAUAUAUAGUAGGACAGUUUGACGGAUAAACAUAAUAAUGUCCGGUCUCGUAACGGUGCAAGAGUGUCUCGGACACAUUUGAACAUAGUGGACUUGAAUCUUAAGUUCCAAAAACAUCACACGUUUUAAUUCAAAUGUGGAGACGGAUUCCUUUCUAAACCAAACCCACCCAUGCGGAGAUAAUACCUGGUGUAAUGGUGGUAAUGUUAUAACAUGUUGGACACAAAAUGGUUUCCUUCCGACAACUUAAUCUAACACUACAUGUGUGUAUUGUGUUAACCGUGAGAAGCGGCCUAGAAAUAUAGCUACACAGUUCAAUAUAAAUAAAUAAUCUGAAUAUAUAAAUAGUCUCUCUGUGAUAAUAAUGUCUAUAUAUUAACAUAUUAACUUAUACAGAUUCACCAGAAAAAUGGAAAGUUCUGUCUUAAUUGUUAACAUCCAAAUGUUCAAAUGCGCCAAUAUCAUCAUUAUCAGAUUGGAGAAUUCAUUUAGGCUGGUACACGUCUCGCGAAAAUUACUCUGAUGACCCAGUUUGCAUGAAUUACAGUGUAACGCCAAGCCAGCUUUACAUAAACUGUCCUUAAGGCUUUGGUUUAGAGGGGUGAAUCAUAGGCAUUCGGCUCUCUGUCGCUUCACCUAUAAUCUGUAUUGACAGAAGAGGCCUGUGACUGAAUACCUGUGUCAAUCUACACGAUAUCAUAACGGCUAGUAGCGGUAUACUUAUUUGAUGAAAAAAUCAUAAUCUUGUAUAAAAAUUACGUUUAGUUCUUUUUUGUGCUGCGAUUUAUUUUUCACAAGUGUUAUUGUUAUGUUGCAUAUUAAAAAUUAUACAAUUCGCAA